AAUUGGAAGCAAAAGUUUUAGGAAAAUGUUUGGACACAAAGGUGAUGUGUUUGAAUUUUUUUUUACAUAUGGUUUAAAUUAUUUUGAAGUUGUGAAUGGUUUAAAAUUAUUUUAAAGUUGUGAAUGGUUUAAAUUAUUUUGAAGGUGUGAGGUGUUUUGUGGUCUCCGUUUGCUGAACGUUAUAUGGAUUCGAGGCUCAACUGAGAUGCAAAAACAGAGUGUCAGUCAAUGAGAGCAAUUUUACAUCUCCUUCGCUCACACUCUUCUCCUCUCUCCCACUUCAAUUUUCAUAUCCAUCUCUGUCCUCGUUUCUUCUCAUCAUCAUCUUCUCGCUUUCACCUUCACCAACCCACCUCCGAAGAAGCACUGCAACAACACUCUCACCAUACCCAACACCUCUCCACAACUUCCCACAGAGAAAAACCAUUGAUUUCUCUCAUAAAAUCAUGUUCAAGAAACACCCAUUUGGUUCAAAUCCAUGCACAUCUCCUCCGAACAUCUUUCCUCCAAACCCCCACCAUUUCUCUCGCCUUCUUGACCCACAUCGCUCUCCCUCCGUCUCCCAAUCUGAGCUAUUCCCUUCUAUUUUUCUCUCAAAUUUCGAAACCCAAUAUCUCUCAUUACAACACAAUGAUCAGAGCUUACUCAUUGAGUAAUUCUCUUGAGAAAAACUUCAAAUUUUACCGAGAAAUGCGACGAUAUGGUAUAAGCCCUAACCCAUUAUCUUCUUCUUUCGUAACCAAGUCUUGUAUUAGAAUGAAUUCGUUAUUGGGUGGUUUGCAAGUUCAUGCUAAGAUUUUGAGUGAUGGGCACCAAUCUGAUAGUCUUUUGAUGACUACUCUGAUGGAUUUGUAUUCAAUUUGUCAGAAGUGUGAUGAUGCUUGUAAGGUGUUUGAUGAAAUGUCUCACAGAGAUACUGUUGCUUGGAAUGUCUUGAUUUCUUGCUACACUCAUAAUGGUCGAACCCGGGAUGCUUUGGGUGUGUUUGAUACGAUGCAGAGCUCGCGGUGUGGUUCUCAACCUGAUGAUGUUACUUGUCUGCUUGUACUUCAGGCUUGUGCCAAUUUAGGUGCGUUGGAAUUUGGCGAGCGGGUUCAUAGUUUUAUUCGAGAACAUGGAUAUGGAAAUGCUCUCAAUCUAUGCAAUUCUCUUUUAGCAAUGUAUUCGCGAUGUGGAUGUGUUGAUAAGGCUUACGAGGUGUUUAAGGGCAUGCCUAAUAAAGAUGUGGUUUCUUGGAGUGCAAUGAUUUCGGGUUUAGCAAGUAAUGGACAUGGAAGAGAAGCUAUUGAAGCAUUUAGGGAGAUGCAGAGAAUGGGUAUUGUGCCUGAUGAUCAAACGUUUACAGGGGUUCUUUCUGCUUGUAGUCACUCUGGGCUUGUUGAUGAAGGUUGGAUGUUUUUCAAUUCUAUGAGUAAAGAAUUUAGGAUAAUGCCCAAUGUCCAUCAUUAUGGUUGCAUGGUUGACCUCUUGGGUCGUGCUGGUUUGCUUAACCAGGCCUAUGAUCUUAUUCUUUCAAUGGCUGUUAAGCCAGAUGCUACAAUGUGGAGGACUUUGCUUGGAGCUUGUAGGAUUCACUGUCACGUUACCCUCGGAGAACGCAUUAUCGAACAUUUGAUUGAACUCAAAGCACAAGAAGCAGGGGAUUAUAUUCUGUUGUUGAAUAUUUAUUCUUCUGUUGACGAUUGGGAGAAAGUGAUAGAAGUGAGAAAAUUGAUGAAAGAGAAAGGAAUCCAAACCACACCGGGAUGUAGUACAGUUGAAUUGAAAGGAGUAGUACAUGAGAAGGUCCUUUGCAUUGAAUAUCUCUCUAAGCACCUUCAGACAAUGUCGACACACUAUGCCCUUCACUUCAAACUUCUUGCAACUACAACUUAA